CACUUUUUCAACAUGGACCACGAACUCGUGUACUGGAAUUUCUUUCUCGAUUUCGGUCCCUUGAAUCUAGGGCAAUUCUCGCGUUUCGCCCUAAAAUUACAAGACAAGUUACACAAAUUCCCCGUCGUGUGCUUUUAUUCCAACACGGUACCCGCCAAACGCGCCAACGCCAUCUUUUUGAUUUGUGCUUGGCAAAUUGUGUACCUGCAUCGAUCUCCGGAACAGGCCUUUUGCGGAAUCUUGACGAUUGGUCCGUUACCACCCUUUCACGACGCUUCACCAGUGGCAUGCACGUAUGAUCUCACCGUCAUGGAUUGUUUGCGUGGCAUGCACAAAGCCCGAUCCUUGGGAUUUUACGACGAGAAAUCUUUCGACGUGGAAGAAUACGAACAUUUUGAGCAAGUUGAAAAUGGCGAUUUAAAUUGGAUCGUCAAAGAUAAAAUUUUGGCCUUUGCGGGGCCAUCGUUCGAACGCCACGUGUCGCCGGAAGGCUACUGUACACUUGCCCCGGCCGAUUACAUUCCAUAUUUUCAACGGAAGAAAGUUGAGCUCGUCGUCCGACUCAAUAAGAAACUAUAUCACGAACAAGACUUUGAGCAAGCGGGUAUUCGCCAUAUGGAGGCUUUCUUCAUUGAUGGUUCCUGCCCGCCCAUGAGGAUAUUGCAACAAGUUCUAGACGGGUUUGAAUCGGUACCGACCGGUAAGGCAUUUGCGGUACACUGCAAAGCUGGGUUGGGGCGGACGGGUACAUGUAUUGGUGCCUACCUAAUGAAGCACUAUCGUUUCACCGCUGCCGAAGCUAUUGGCUGGAUGCGUAUUUGCCGACCGGGGUGUGUCAUUGGACCACAGCAGCACUUUUUGAAACAAAUUGAAUCUCGAAUGUGGCAAGAAGGC